UGGGCGGGGAGGUGGAUUUUUUUCACCGGCAACAGGAUGUUCACUGCGGGAACGGAGAGCUUCCUCCGCCAAGCGAGGGAGAUUCAGGAUGAGGAACUGAAGAAAUUCUGUGUGCGUAUAACGGGAUUGCUUCAGAAGGAAGACUUAGGAAAUGAGACCACUGACUGUUUGCAAAGACUUUUCCUCAUUGUCUCAGCCACAAAAUAUAGGAAACUUGAAAAGAAAUUUGUGGAACUAUUGCUAUCAGCAAUAGUUCCCAAAUCCCCUGAGCAGGUUCAGGUUCUCUGUGCUGCCAUCCUAAGAGAAAUAUCACCUUUCGAAGACUUGACAUUGUUUUAUGACCACAUCCAAAACACAAAGCUGUUAAGCCUGAUGUCAUCAGUCCUUUUGGCUCAGGGCAAUAAAAGGGAUGAGGUCAGAGAUGUGGGGCUUCGUGUUACAAAAAUCCUUGAAAGUCGACAGCCUGAGGGACAGAGUUUAAGAUACCUCCUGCCUGUCUUGUCAAAGGUCAUUACCCUCUCACCAAAAGUCUUCAAGGAAGACCAGAUAAAUCUCCUUAACAAGAGGCUUAUUGACUGGCUUCGUUAUGCAAGUAUCCAACAAGGAGUUGCACAGGUGUCUGGGGGCUUCUUCUCCAAUCCCCGGGCAAGACAGCCUGGCCCCAUCACUGAGGUGGAUGGUGCAGUUGCCACAGACUUCUUCACUGUACUUUCAGUGGGCCAGCACUACACUGAAGAUCAGUGGUUAAACAUGCAGGCCUUCUCUAUGCUGCGUAAAUGGUUACUAUAUAGCGGGAAUGAUGGAACAGAGAGUCCAGAUUCAGAUGAUAAAUCAGAGCUGGAGGGUUCUAUUAUGUCUAUGGUCUCUGCUACUUCCACCUCCAGUCGCUUACUUCCCCCAAAGGAACGCCUGCGAGAAAAUGCCUUUGAAUACUGCCAGAGACUCAUUGAGCAGAGUAAUCGGAGAGCCCUGAAGAAACCAGACUGUGAAUUGCAAAAGGCUUGUCUGGUUGAAGCUGUGAUUAUAUUGGAUCUACUCUGUAGGCAGGAUUCCUCCUUCAUGUACCGGACUCUGUCUUGCCUAAAGACUUUACAUGGCCGGCUUUGUGGAGACUUGGCUUAUGUUCAAGCCCUGUUGCCAGUCGCUCAGUUCUUCUUGAAUCACAGUGAAGCAGCAGCAGUUGAUUCAGAAGCAGUUUAUCAGCAUUUGUUUACCAACAUCCCUUCAGAGUUAUUCUAUAACUCAUUGCUGGCCUUUGAGUUCAUCCAGUUCUGCAGGGACAACAUUCACUUUUUCAGUGGAAACCUCAGCAUCUUCAAAUCAAGCUUCCCAAACCUCUUCAAGUUCUUGGCAUGGAAUAGUGCAUCCUUGAUCUCAGAAUUUGUGGAUAUCCUUCCUGUUUUCAUUGAUGCCAGCACAGCCAUUGAGAUGCUCCAUGUCCUUCUUGACUUGCCAUGUUUGACUGCUGCUCUAGACCUAUAUCUUAGGUCAUCAUUUCCUACAGCCGAGAAGCCUCUCUGGGAUCCCAGCGUAAAGCCCACCAGCUGUUUGGAUGGUUUUCGAGAUCCUCACCAUCAGGCUCUCUUUCAGUAUUUGCUGCGCCCAAAAGCCAAGGGCUUCAUAGAGGGGUUGGCUCCACUCCAUGAACUGCUGAAGCCCAUGGCUGGCUGUGCCCGAGUCAUACAGUGUGCAGAGACUGUCCCCAUUUUAAUACAGCUUUUCUUUACAGUGGUGACUGAGUUUGCAGAUGGAACAUUGAUAAACCAGCUGGCAGUGCUACUAUUGGAAAGAAGUGGUUUGCUCUUUGAUGUUCCACAGUUUAAAGCUGCUGUGCAUAGAGUAAUGAGUUCCCAGCUUCUGGUCCUGUGUAAGCUACACCCUUCUCUUGUGGUUGAACUGUCUAAGGAACUACUGGAGUUCACAGGAACCAUCCGCAAUAUCCACAGCAAAGAGAGCAUAUUCACCCAUGUGGUCUGGGCAGUUGGAGAAUACCUGUCUGUGCUCUAUGAUAGGCGGUGCACUGUGGAACUGAUCAACAAAUUCUUUGAAACCCUGGAAGCCUUGCUGUUUGAAAUUACCCAGUUUCGUCCCUCUGCCACACUUCCCAAAUGCUGCCCACGAGUAAUCACAGUUCUUAUGACCACUCUGACCAAACUAGCCUCUCGGAGCCAAGAUCUGAUUCCUAGGGUUUCCUUAUUCCUGUCCAAGAUGAGAUCUUUUGCUCAGAGUCCUGCCAUGACCUCUACAUAUAGUGAGGAGGACACAGAGACUAUCCUGACCAGGGCCACCGAGUUGAUGAACUUAUUGAAAAUGCCAAGUGUGGCUCAGUUUGUCCUGACACCAUCUGUAGAAGUGUCUAACCCACGGUAUCAUCUUGACACUAACACAUCCUUGCCUCUGGCCCUGAGGAUGGUCAGCCGGCUAGUUGAGAAAGAGGCUGGCCUCCUCUCGGGGUGAGGUGCUGACGUGAUCCAGCACAUGCUGGGGGACUCGAAUUUAGAGUGCUUCCAUGGGUUAGGCUUGUAUUAAGUGAAGCUCCUGAGCAUUAAUGAUGAGGUAAAUCCAACUGGAAGACAUAGGACAGAAAUGUGAUUGUGAGGAGGUACAUAUUAUGGCUCUUCCCUCUUGAGCCAUUCCAAUUCAUCUGGCUUUAUUUUACUUUUGAAAUCCUUUUAAGUAUUUUACUUAUAUGUCUUUUCCUAUUGUGACUACACUCGUGAGUUGUGCUAUUAUAAGAGACCCCAGUUUUGUGGUCUCCGUCCUAGGCCUGGUGAUCAGAAUGGCGCCAUAACUCACACUGGGGUUGGAGGUAGGAUUUGCUUACUUGUCUAGGGAAACACAUAGCAAGACAACAGGAACCGUGUACUCAGGGUUGUGUAAGCUAAGUCUAUUCCAGCUGGUGCCAGUGUAGAGAAGCCUGAUGUUGUCUCUUGGUUCUGGCACAAGUUUACUUUUUGUUCUCCGAGUAAAAAUCUGAUUUCUUUGCAAUUACUUUCUAAGCAUAUUAAAUAGUAGGUAUUUUAUUAUGUCCAUUUUUUCCACUUAAAUGUUUAAACAUUAAAUUCUUAGACAAAUUUGCACCAUUUAGUAUUGUUACUUGUCAUAAAUACAGAGAGAUGUACAAUAUUAACAAGAAUGAAGAAAUAAGUUUUUUGCUGGUGGCGACAAUCAAAAACAGGAUUUCUCAUCUACACACACACCCUCCACACCACCGUCAUUCCUAUUUACAAUACUGACACAUAUGAUUUCAAUAAACAAAAAGAUAAUCCCUUUUGGAGGGCUUAGUGUGUCGAUGAAGCAUCUCUGAAUAAAGGAAAAGAGGUAAUAGAGGUUUCUGCAUUUGCUGUAAUUAUAGGUUGAUCUGCCUGUCAAGCUAAAGGCCUCUUUGUUAGCCCACAGUAGAAUAACAAUCCUCAGGGUGCAGCCUGGCACUGAGAAGCUUUUGGAAACCCUGGAUUAGUUUGUCUCUCUUGCCCAAAGAGCCAUUCUCCAUGGUUCUCCUUUACAUUCUUUUAUUCACAAGCCAAAUUGGCUCACUUUGGUCCUCUAAGCCACUUGACUUUUGGCUAAAAAGUUCUAGAGAAGCAGAACCCUGGCCUCUCAGUCCUCAAAAAAGUAUGAAUGGAUUCCUAA